UUUCCUACAGCUGGGUGCUACUUUUAGCUGGAGAGUUGAACCUUGCACCAAGUCAAUUGAAAAUUGCUUGUCCAGAUAUCACAUUCUCCAGUUCUUUGACUAGCCAAUGAUGUUGUCUCUUGUCAGAUUGAUUUUUUCCUGUGGGGGGCUAGCAUCUAAUAGUAUAGUUAAGAAAUGUCUAGGAGAACAAUCAAACCAGGGCACUCUCACUCUCUCUCUCUUACAAGGAAAUUGCACCAACCUCUACGUAAAUCGCAAUGCUUCCCUAAAAGUACAUAGAGACUUUUAGCACUGAGAUUUGUACCCAUGACAUCUGUGAAGAAGAUUUUUGCCUUGAUUACACUAGCUUUUAGACCUCUAUGCUAUGCUUUCACAUUUUGUCAAAAAAAAAAAAUUAGACACAAAUUUCUGUCUGCCUCCAUCUGAGGCCAAAUUAUGCAAACAAACAUAAAGUAUGUUCUUUAUGCAACUUCACCUGUUCUAGGACAUAACACACAUUUUGGCUGUGCCGAGUCACAAUGUGGUUCUGCAAUAAUCGCAAGUCAUUAUUCAUUGUCCAGGUUUGUCUUGAACCUCCAAACAAAGUUUGAAUGAAUUGCAAUUUAUUGCGUUCAUUGCUUGUGUUCAUGCCUAACCUAAGGCUCACUAUCAACCGGUCAGAACGGGUCGUUCGGCCUGCAGUUCGAAUUGAUUCCUAUCGAGAGGAGGCAUCAAUGUCCAUCAAGAUCAUGAAUCCGAACCCGAAGGCUCAAAGCCUCAAGGUAUCCAACAAAUACACCCAGGAAGACCCCUCGUUCCUGCAAGAAUUGGUCAAUCUACGCCACGGUUGCCAAUCCACUGACUUGCUGAUCAUUUGCCGGAGUGGAAAACGUGUGGCGGCUCACCAAAUCAUGGUCCAAUUUUGCUCUCCAUUCUUGAAGCAAUUAUUUUUAGAACAUGCUCAUUGUUCUCAGGUUGUGGUUCAAAUGCCACACCAGUCUCAGAGUACAGUGGAAUAUCUGAUGGAGUUUCUGUAUUCGGGGAUGGUCUUGGUCCCAAGCAUGACAGAAUAUGAUAAAUUAAACCAACUUUGCCGAGAUUGGCAAUAUGACUUUCCGGACAAAGAUCUUCGCCUGAUCAUGAUGGAAAAGUCAGACCUGAAUGUGGGGCUUCCGGAGAGGUUCGGCAAUGGUAGAUGCUGGGUCUGUGGAGGGGACUUGAAUAGCUUUGGAGGUUGUCCCAAUCAUUGGGGUUGGAAAGGCAGCGCCUUAGAGGAGGUGGUCCCGGUGUUGCCCAUCAAAAAAGGGAAAGAAUCAAGGUUUCAGACCUCUUUGAAGUGUCCCUCGUGUUUCACAGGAGUGAAUGGGGUGCAGGAAUUGCGAGCCCAUUUAUCUGGGGAGCAUUACCUGGAGUUUAUUGCUUGUGAGUUGGAUGCAAGUGACAAGUGCCCGGAGAAUUGUGGUUUCCGCGGGUCUUUAACCUCACUAAUACGACAUUACGGAUCAGUCCACCAAAAAGUGGACGUAUUUCUGUCUGAAGAAGAGUCGGCCGUGCUCAAAUGUCCUACUGCCAACAAUUCAAAGACCGGCCAGAGAAGCUUAGUUCGAGUUUUGUCUUGUUACAUUUGUGAACGAAAAAUGGGUUCAAGGUCCGCCUUGAUCAGCCAUCUGGUGAUUCAUUUCAAGUCAGAAAUAUGUUCCCGAUUCGGCCUCGUUUCCAAAGUGACGACCAAAUGUCCGAUGUGCUCCAAGAAUUUUGGUAACUUCCGCCACCUGAUUAAUCACCUGGGAGUCAAGCAUGGAAAAAUCCGCGACUUUGUUGACCAUCGUGUGUACCAGGAGAUAACUUUCAGAAACUGACUUCUUCUUAAUUUGAGCUUAUACCCUAUUGCUUAGUCGUUGUCUUAAUGCUAACGUUUGAUUUCGAGUUGUAUUAUCUCCCACAAAUACAAGUUUAACGUUACGAACAGAAAUUCGGACUGAUUAAUUUUCUCACCUUUUUCCGAGUUCUGUUUGGAGGAGUCGAUGCCUG